AUGGAAGCUAUGAAUCGCACCAUAUCGUCAUCGCUGGGCACAGCCUUUGAGCAAAUCAAUCGCGUGACAGACACACUUGGCAUCCCACAGUCUGCCUUUGCCAGUCUUACCAACUUCACCUGGAAAUCAAAGAAGGGCGCCGCCGCCAUCAUUCUUGGUUACCUACUUCUCGUCCGUGCCUUGAGGUUCCGCCGCGAGAAUGCAGCCAAAAGAAAAUUCAAGUUUACGGAUCGGGCCAGCUUGGCUCGAAUGACCUCGGCGGAGGCUCAGCUCAUUCUCAAAUACCUUGCCACCCUUGAAAUGCCACAAUUGCAAUUCCUCAGCCUGCAGUUUGGGUUAUUUAAGACAUAUGGCGUUGAAUCUAUCAGCAAGUUACUCGUGGCCACACGGAACUUGGCUGAUCCCAAGAACAGCCCCAAAAGGUACGAAGACACUGCUGUCAUCAUCAACGAGUUCAUGGCCUGGGAUCCUUCCGCCGAGCGAACAGUAAAAGCAAUUGCACGAAUGAACUUUCUUCACUCCAAAUAUAUUGCAAGCGGGAAGAUCUCUAAUGAUGACCUACUAUAUACCCUAUCGGUCUUUGUCAUUGAGCCAGCUCGAUUUGCUGAGCGGUACGACUGGCGACCCUUUAAUGAUAUGGAAUAUUGUGCCCUUGGAGUCUUCUGGAAAAGCAUUGGUGAUGCAAUGGGCAUCAACUACCACGGCUCCCUCCCAGGUGCAGAGAAUGGGUGGAAGGAUGGAAUCCAAUUUGCAGAUGAGCUAACAGCCUGGGCCAACGCGUAUGAAAUUGCUCAGAUGAGGCCUAAUUCCCUUAGCCCAAAGCCAGCCCACGCACUUUUGCCCAUCAUUACAUACUGGAUCCCGUGGUUUGCUAAGCCUUUUGUGACGGAAUGUGUAUUGUCCCUCAUCAACACUCGUAUUCUGGAGGCGUUUAAGCUCCCGGAACCUAGCAUCACGGCAGUUGCCGUAACACACGGCGCUCUUGUUGCACGACGAUUCGUUAUUCGACAUUUGAUGCUCCCCCGCAUCUUUGAAAUCAAAAUACUUGGCGAGCAAGAUCCAUCCACCGGUCGUUAUCUUCUCCCCCAAUCGCAUGGGAAUUGGCCAUUUUAUGUCAAGCCAACUCUUUGGAACCGGUGGGGUCCAGUUGCCUGGGCGAUAAGGUUAUACGGAGGGUAUGUACCUGGAAAUAAGCCCGCCGAAUUCAUGCCUCAGGGAUAUACGUUUGAAGACGUAGGUCCUGUAAAUAGAGCGAACCAGGGAAAGGAGGAGAUGGAGGCGGACUUGAAGAGGCUAAGAGCAAGUAAACGGUCCGGGUGUCCCUUCUGA